AUGGCGUCCGCCGCCGCGUGGUCGCUCGCCUCCCUCUACCCCGCGUGCAUAGCUUGCCGCAAGCAGAUCGACGCGUUGGUGGCGUCCUGCGAGGCCUCCGGCCCUGGAGGCCCCUCGGGGCUGUCUGCGUUUGAGGCGGGCGGCGCGCCGAAGGCCUCCGUAGCCACGCAGCAGCGGCUGGUCGCGCUGACGCGACAGCUGGAAAGGGACCUCGCACGACUCGACGCGGCCUUCGAGAGCGAGCGGGCGGCGCUUGCGCCGCAGCAGGCCUCGCUGUGGCGGCGACGCCUCGCUGCGCUCCACGAGGACGCGCAGGCGCUGCAGAGCGCCGUGGACGUGCAGCUCGGCUCUGUGUACCGCCGGCAAGUCGAGGAGAAGCGCCAGCGCGAGGCGCUUCUCGACGGGCGGCAGCGGGAGGCUGAGCGGACGCGGGAGGCCGAACUGAGCUACGCGCGCGAGCGCGACAAGCUGCAUGAGAGUCACACGAUGCUGGACGCCGUCCUCGCGGAGGGCCGCGGCGUCCUGGACAAGAUGGUGCAGCAAAACAGCAUCCUGAAGACUGCCAAGCGGAAAAUCCUCGACAUGAGCACCUCCGCCGGGCUCUCCGCCAGUAUCAUCGGCGCCGUAACCCGCCGCCAAGCCACUGACCGGAAAAUCGUUUUCGCCGGCAUGCUUGCGACGCUCCUCUUCUUCUUCCUCCUGUACCGCUUCUUCCACAGCGGCUCAGCUGGCAGCGCCGAGCCCACUGACGCGUCUGGGGACGGCGCCUGGGCGUCGGAUGCCGCCGCAGCAGCGCGGAGGCUGGACGCUGCAGACGCGGCGACAGCCAGCGGAGAAGCGGGUUGGGCGGCGGGCGCGCCUGGGGACUACGGGCGCUGA